AUUUCUCUUUCCCCACACUCUUCUCCUACUUCCUUCAAUUCACCGCCACUGCCGUUCCUUCUCGUACUUCCCCCCACCGCCACCGCCCAUCCCAGGCCUCCUAGCCCUAUUAAUAAAUUCGUACCCUCGUUGUUUCUCCAACAUUUGUUCUCUUUCACUUUAUGCAGGCCUGCCUCCCCAUGCCUUGGUUUUAAAAAAAAAUUGCCCGUUGAUCCUGUUAAGAAAUCUGAAUCCAUGCGAAGGACUAUGCAAUGGCACACGCUUAAUCUUGUACAAGGAAAUCUUAGAAUACCUAACACAGUAAUACACAAGAAGAAGAAAUAAAUGGUGCCUCAAAGGCCCCUCGAUGGUUCGACCAAUGGAUGUAGAACAACCCCUCCUAGAUGUUACUCCCAGUUCCAGAUCAUGGAGUUGCAAAGUUAUUGUAAUAGAGAAGCUGAAUACAAGACAGGCACGUCGAGAUCCUGAAAAAACUUACAAAUCUGUGAUCAUGCAAGAUAGUGAGGGUCACAGAGUCAAGGGAAUGAUUUAUGGAAUAUAUAUUCCUUUCGUUGAUGACCGCCUUCACUUGAACAAAACAUAUGUCAUAUCAAAUGCCAGUGUGACUCCCGUCAUGGAAAGAUACUCAGUUCCCGAUGAACAAUAUAGAUACACUUGGACACUGAAUAGGAGAACAUUGAUUAUCGAUGUCAAUCCAGAUCACCAGCUCUUUAUCCAACCAAACCUCGAGGCACCUAUUGACCCAUUUCACACUUUUUAUACAGCUAUGCUAAACAAGUCAAAUAUAAAUGUGCUGGCAACUGUAAUUGCUAAACUACCAAGGCAGUUUAUUUUCACUUCACAGGGGAAACAAAGAAUAAGCGAUUUAGUUCUCAUGAACCAGGAAUGUAAGCCGAUCAUCUUAAGAAUGUGGGACGAUUUCGCAACACUUCAGGGAACUUAUAUCCAAGAGUUACUGAAUGCAGACACAUACCCAAUUAUCUUCGCAAAGAGGAUUCUGGCCACCUCUUACCAAGGGCUGACACUCACAACUCGUUACGAUACAUCCAUCGAGAUACACCCAACUAUCUCACCGACGGUUGCUCUAAAUGAAUGGACAUCAUUAAACACGGAUGCUAUCAAGAACGCCAUUCACUCACAACUUUACAAGGACGCUUUAAGUAUCUUUGUGGCUCCGGAAGACAUUCAGAAAACAGCCAUCUCAGCGGUCCUAGCUUCAUACAAAGAGAGGGCCAAUUAGAACUUCAAGAACAUGGGCCAAUUACUUACUACAUCGGAUGUAGUACUUGUAAUCGCAAGGUUGAGUUUCAGGAGGAAACUACCUACCAGUGCAUGGAAUGCGGAGACAAGGAAUCAACGACUAUAAAAAGGUUCAGAGUCUCUGCUGACCUCGGUGAUGAGGAAAACAAAAUACAGUUCACUCUAUUCACAGAAAAUCUGAAAAAAAUUGCACGAUCACUAGAGCUGAACACACCGUUGGAAUUAAUGGACAUCGAUGAUCUGAACAAAGGGCUGAAAUCACUGGUCAUCACAGCUGCUGUGCAGGUGCAGCGACCCACGUACCAAAGACAAGAAAAAGGGCCAAUUAUGCCUACAUCAGCUUUCUGACAAACUCACCAAGUCUGCACUUCUAAAGAGAAAACAAACUGCAAGCCAAGAAGAGUAAAACAUAUGCAGAAGAAAAUAAUAAGUUCACUUCCAAACCAGCUGCCUCCAGUAAAGAAAGUAUUGAAAAUGACACCUAACCACUGUGGAUGUCAUUUUCAGAUUUUGUUAGAUCAGUUGUAAGAUAUGUAAUGCUAUGCUACUAUAACUCUUAUGUUUAAUAUGGUGUAUCACUGUAAUCAUCACCCUUUUUGUAAACUUAAAGACAUGUAAAAUAUAUAUAUAAGUAAUGCUAUGCUGCUGUUAAUGUAUCC